AUGGAGGAUACUGAUCAAAUAUUGGACAACGUUUUGCAUAAAUCUCCCACUAUUGAAGAGCUGGAGGGUAUAUUACAUGGGGGUCAGUUGUCUUGUAACCACGUCGAUGAAGUGUGGCCUAAUUUGUUCCUGGGAGACAUGUACAUGUCUCACGACAGAUAUGGCCUGUGGAGCCUAGGUGUCACACAUGUUUUAAAUGCUGCACAUGGUAAAAUGUGUUGCAAAGGAAAUGAUGAUUAUUAUGGGACAACCGUGAAGUAUUAUGGUGUGCCAGCCAAUGAUUUGCCAACAUUUGAUAUUUCACCUUUCUUCUACCCGUCUGCACAGUACAUUCAUGAUGCGCUCAGCACAACAGGCGCUAAAGUUUUUGUGCAUUGUGCUGUGGGGAUGAGCCGUUCAGCUGCUCUGGUCCUAGCUUACCUAAUGAUUUAUUGCAAUUUCUCUCUUGUGGAUGCCAUCUUGAAAGUGAAAGAAAGAAGAUGGAUUUUCCCAAACCGAGGAUUUCUGAAACAGUUAAUAACUCUUGACAAUGAAUUAAAACUACAAGGCACCAGUAACUAG